AUGACAGUGGUUGAAUUGAAACUUAGUUGGAUUACUCUAAAAUGUAAGGAAGUUUCAAGUUUCCCAGAACUGGAAGAAGAAUCCACAGAACCCCCCUUUGAAUUAUUCGGAAAUGUAUGGAAAUACCAUAGUUUCCCACUUGAAAACUCCUCUCAACACCACUCAAAGAUCCUCAGCCCAUCCCAUCCCCAUAGCUGCCACCACUGCCCCGAGAUCGGUCCGGGCUACUACGAUCUUCCCAGCCUUCUGGACGAGCAUUCCGUCACCAUCACGGCCUCCGAGCGUUUCCAGGAACAGAUGCCGGGUGAGACCCCUGGUCCAGGGAGCUACACCCAGGUGCGCCGGGUGCGGUGUGGAUCAUGGCGUGCAGGUCAGAAGGUUGAACACAACCCUCACGGCAAUUAA